AAGCGAGGGAGCGUCGCGAAAUUUGUGCAUUCGUGGACUCUCCCUUUUGCUCUCCACAGUGAGGACUGGUGAAAUAGUUACACCAAAAUAACACAAGAACAAGUUUUCGUUUUCCGAGGACGCUUUCCUGCUGAAGCUUGGCUGUGCACAAGAGUCGGCCCUUCUUAAUCCCGAAGGAGCAGGUUGAUAUGUCAGACCUCUCCCCAGAGGAGCAAUGGAGGGUCGAACAUGCACGAAUGCAUGCCAAACAUCGUGGCCACGAAGCCAUGCACGCUGAAAUGGUCCUCAUCCUCAUUGCUACCUUGGUGGUGGCCCAGCUGCUCCUGGUACAGUGGAAACAGAGGCACCCCCGUUCUUACAAUAUGGUGACCCUCUUUCAGAUGUGGGUUGUUCCCCUCUAUUUCACAGUGAAGCUGCACUGGUGGAGGUUCUUGGUGAUCUGGAUCUUCUUCUCCGCUGUCACAGCCUUCGUUACCUUCCGAGCCACGCGGAAACCUCUGGUACAGACAACCCCCAGGUUGGUUUAUAAAUGGUUCCUGCUAAUCUAUAAAAUCAGCUAUGCCACUGGCAUUGUUGGCUACAUGGCCGUCAUGUUUACCCUGUUUGGUCUUAACUUACUAUUCAAGGUUAAACCAGAAGAUGCGAUGGACUUCGGCAUUUCUCUUCUCUUCUAUGGCCUCUACUAUGGAGUUCUUGAGCGGGACUUUGCAGAAAUGUGUGCAGACUAUAUGGCAUCCACCAUAGGGUUCUACAGUGAGUCGGGCAUGCCCACCAAGCACCUUUCAGACAGCGUGUGUGCUGUGUGUGGGCAGCAGAUCUUUGUGGAUGUUAAUGAAGAAGGCAUCAUCGAGAACACAUACAGGCUUUCCUGUAAUCACGUAUUCCAUGAGUUCUGUAUCCGAGGCUGGUGCAUCGUGGGAAAGAAGCAGACAUGUCCCUACUGCAAGGAGAAGGUGGACCUGAAGAGGAUGUUCAGCAAUCCCUGGGAGAGGCCUCAUGUCAUGUAUGGACAGCUGCUGGACUGGCUUCGCUACUUGGUGGCCUGGCAGCCUGUCAUCAUUGGCCUGGUACAAGGCAUCAGCUACAUCCUAGGCCUGGAAUAAGGAGGAAUCACAUCCUUGGAGAACCUACCCCACCCGCCAUGGACCUCAGGGCACUCUCCUUGCUGCCCACAAAGACUUGGGUGGGAAAGACUCAAAGGCACUUGGGCCACUCAGGACCUCCCCAGCUGUAUCUGGGUUGGGGGGAGAAUGAUGGAGAACCAGCCAGUGGGGCUGUCCACAGUGGGGGAUUUUUAAAAGAAAAUUAUUUUGAUGAAUAUAUUUAAAUUUUUUUAUUGUGGAACAUAGGAAUUGUCCCCCACUCCCAGGCCUUACCCAGGGCAGGGCAAAGCUCCCGUAUUGUAGGUUGGGAGGAGUCUUCUCCCCUGGGCUGAGAGCACUGCUGGGUUCUCUGGAGGCUGAGUGCUUCCGCCUACCCUCCCUUUCCCUUCCCCUGCAAGGCUCCAGCCUAGUUUGCACUCAGUGUAGAAGAGCUCAGACUGUGCCAGAUUAGCACUGAGUGGUGAAGGGUCUUCACCUCUGACUGGGAUAAGAUGGAUGUUGUGCCUGACUCUGUUCCCUUUUUGUCUGGAAACUAAAGGCUGGCUUGGCAAAAUCAAUGACUUUUCCAACUAGGGAAGCCCUGUAGCCUCAAAAUUCACUGACAUAUUUUGGGACAAGUGGAAGUAUGAGUAGCAUAGCUAACCUGCCCCUGAGUAGGGCUGUCA